AUGACAACCCCGCCCACCCUCGAACUGGGCACCGUCCUCGUCGUUGGCGGCUGCGGCUUCCUGGGCUGGAACAUCGUCAACCAACUGCUCUCCUUCCCCUCCGAAACAGACGCCUCCGUUUCCCUUCCUCGAAUCCAAAAUGACCCUCGCUUCGAAUACCCGCCUCUCAAGGGCCGUUUCCCAUCCUACAAAAACACAAAAGUGCACAUCGUCGAUCUGCGUACGAGCAAUAACAGAUUACCAGGCGCAGAGUACCAUGAAGGCGACUUGACCUCCGUCUCGUCAAUGCUCGACGUCUUUCGUGCCGUCAAACCCGAUGUCGUGAUUCACACUGCUGCUCCAGCGCCGCUGGGGUCGACGGAUGAGAUGCUGCGAAAGGUGAAUGUAGAUGGAACCCGAACGCUGAUCGAGGUUGCGAGUGGCGUGCAUGGGGACUGGGGCAAGAAGUGUCGCGCAUUUGUGUAUACGAGUUCUGCAUCCGUGGUACACGAUACGAAGAGUGAUUUGAUUAAUGUCAAUGAGGACUGGCCAUAUGUGCGCGGAAAGGCCCAAUUGGAGUAUUACUCUGAGACAAAGGGAUUAGCAGAAGAGCUCGUCCUAAAAGCCAACAAGCCCGCCCCCUCAUCCAUGCUAACUUGUGCCGUGCGUCCCGCCGGCAUAACCGGCGAAAAAGACACCUUACUCUCCUUCAAAAUGCUCGAACUCGGGUACCUCGGGUCCAACACCUCUUUACGUCUUCAACUCGGUGAUAACAACAACCUCUUCGAUUUCACGUAUGUUGGCAACGUCGCCUACUCCCAUUUACUUGCCGCACACAAGUUGCUCGCCACCGCGGCACGGUACGACGCCGGCGCCGACGCACCGCUCGACUACGAGCGCGUCGACGGCGAAACAUUCAUAAUCACGAACGACGCCCCCAUGUACUUCUGGGACUUCCCCCGCGCAAUGUGGAACUUACUCGAUCGCCCAAUUGAACCUCAAGCUGUCUGGCCGCUUCCCGAAGGUGCACUGAGUGUAAUCGGAGGCAUAUUCGAAGCUGUUUACGGCCUGAUCGGGAAAACGCCAAAAUUAACACGCAAAAUUGUGCGAUAUUCGUGCAUGACGCGGUUCUAUUCAUGUCGCAAGGCGAGGGAUAGAUUGGGGUAUGAGCCUAUUAUUGGCAUGGAGGAGGCGAUUGCGAGGACCGUGAGUUUUUGGGUUGCGAAUUAUUAUCCAGAGGGGAAGAAGGGGAAUUAA